AUGCAACAAGACUGGCCACCCUAUGUGAUCAACAGGCCAGCCUACUCGCUCCCAGACUUCGAUAGGAAGUUUGACAUGAAGAAACGGACCUUCCCCAUAGGACAGAAAGUGAAGAAAUGCUUCAGGUGCUCUGGGUCUCGACUCAAGUCCCUGCUGUUCAGACACCUGCCUAUCCUAAGCUGGCUGCCCAAGUACAAGGUGAAGGAGAACCUUCUCUGUGAUGUCAUCAGUGGGGUCAGCGCAGGUACCAUUCAGGUUCCCCAAGGCAUGGCCUUUGCCCUGCUGGCUAAUCUACCUCCUGUCAAUGGCCUCUACUCCUCAUUCUUUCCUCUCAUCUCUUACUUCUUCAUGGGCACUGCUCACCAAAUGGUCCCAGGUACCUUUGCUGUGCUUAGUAUCAUGGUGGGCAUGGAGUGCCUGAAGUUGGCCCCUGAGUCUGAUUUCAGCCACUUCAAUGCCACCAUUAACGCCACAGUGAUGGAUGAGGACAGGAUGAACGAGGUUCGACUGGGCAUCUCUGGGACGCUGGCCUGCCUCACUGCUAUCAUACAGAUGGGCCUGGGCUUGAUGCAGUUUGGCUUUGUGGCCAUCUACUUGUCCGAGUCCUUCGUCAGAGGGUUCAUGACAGCAGCUGGACUGCAGAUCCUGAUCUCUGUACUAAAGUACAUUGUUGGCAUCAAAGUGCCUUCCUACAGUGGACCACUAGCCACUAUCAAUACUCUUAAAGAUAUGGUUUAUGGCCUGCCUAACACCAACAUAGCCUCGCUGGUCUUUGCUCUGGUCAGCAGUGUGGUUAUUAUAACAGUGAAGGAGCUGGGUGCACGCUACCACCAGAAGCUACCCUUCCCCAUCCCCAUGGAGAUCAUCAUUGUGAAACCUCCCUUUGCGCAUGUGGUGGUGGCCACAGCCAUAUCGGGCCCCCUGGACCUGCCUGAUAAGUAUCACAUUGACAUAGUGGGGAAGAUUCCCCUAGGAUUUCCUGCUCCGAUCCUCCCAACAGUGAGUCAGUGGGAAGGGAUGCUGAGCUCAGCCUUCUCCCUGGCUAUCGUGGGCUAUGUGAUCAACCUGGCUAUAGGCAGGACAUUGGCAGCAAAGCAUGGUUACGAUGUGGAUCCCAAUCAGGAGAUGUUGGCUCUGGGCUGCAGUAACUUCGUGGGGUCUUUCUUCAAUAUCCAUGUCAUCUGCUGUGCUCUGUCUGUCACCCUGGCAGUAGACACUGCUGGGGGAACAUCACAGUUUUCCAGUCUGUGUGUGAUGCUGGUAGUCAUGGUCACCAUGCUGGCCUUGGGGCAUUUCCUCAAACCACUACCAAAGUCUGUGCUGGGAGCCCUGAUAGCGAUCAACCUGAAGAACACUCUGCUGCAACUCUCUGACCCAUAUUACCUCUGGAAGAAGAGCAAACUGGACUGUUGUGUGUGGGUUGUGUCAUUUUUAGCCACCUUCUUCCUGAGUUUGCCUUAUGGAGUUGCCAUUGGAGUCAGCUUCUCCAUCCUCGUGGUUAUUUUUCAGACCCAGUUUCCAAAUGGUUCAGAGAUGGCUCAGAUCAUGGACACAGAUAUAUACAAAGAUCCCAAGGUUUACAGCAAGGUGAAAUGUAUAGAAGGGGUGAAAAUAAUGAACUACUGCUCCCCUCUCUAUUUUGCCAAUACAGAGAUAUUCCGACGAAAGGUCAUCAAAAAGACUGGAUUGGACCCAGGUAAACUUCUCCUGGCUAGGAAGAAGUUUCUGAAGAAACAGCAGAAGGAGUUAGACAUGCAAAACAAGGAAACCAAGAAGAGGAAGCCCAGCUCUCUGGUAACCAUGAGUUCUCAGACCUUAUCACAGCUAGAGCUUCAGAACGACUUUGACAUUGGCAACGACAAUCCUUACCCGCCACCAUCACCCACCAGCUGUGUCAACUUCCACUGUAGUGAUAAUGAGCUGGAUGAGCAGUCUCCUGACCCAGACCAGCCCAGUGCAUCCCCUGUCAUCCUGGACUCUCAGCCCAUCCCCUUCCACACCCUCAUCCUGGACCUGUCAGGGGUCUGCUUCAUAGACCUCAUGGGAAUCAAAGUACUCACCAAGAUGUACUCAAGCUAUGAGAUGUUGGGGAUCAAGCUAUACUUGGCCAAUGUUCAAGCACAGGUGUACGAGGAGCUGGAGGGUGGAGGGAUGUUUGAGGAGGGGAGUGUCCCCCGAUGUCACCUCUUCCUAACUGUCCAUGAUGCCAUCCUCUGUGCCCUGCAGAGGUCGAGGAACACAGGAGGCUCUGAAAAGGCAGGUCGCACCUACUUCCACACCUUAAUCACUAUGACCUUGAAUCACUUCUCAGAUCCUCAUUGA